AUGGCCACGCCGUGCGCUCUGCUCUGGCCGCGGCUGCCUCCGCUCCUGCCGCUGCUGCUGCUGCCGCUCCUGCUGCUGCUGCUCGGGGUCUCCCAGACUCGGGGCUCACCGCCCUUGCUGGUGCCCACAGCCUCCCCUCGGGGCCAGCUAAGCGGAGCUCACCUCCCGGCCGCGGACCUGGAACCAGAGCGGGAGCCAGGCCCCGCUUUCGGGCUUCCGCCGCCUCUGCUGCCUGUGUCCUGGGAGCGGGAGAACAGCACCGGGGCCCCAGAGUCCCCUGGCCGCGUCGACCUUCCUCCCCACCGGGGAGCUGCGACGCAGCGGGGAGGGCUCCGCCAAGCCCCCGGGGGCCGGAGCGCGAUCACGGCUGCCAUGAAAAGUCACAAACCAGAUAAAAGUUCUGAGCUUCGAAGAGAAAAUUUUACCACCUCUUCUCUCAAUUACAAAAACAUUUCAACUGUGGUUCUCCAAGGUCUUCAGAAGUUUCAGAAUUCCAGCAACAGCAGGACCACACUGGAUGCCUCAGGAAGCACCAUGCUUGCACUGGAAACAUCAAAAUCCAGAGGGAGUACGACCUCAUACACUAGGAUGAAUGCUACUCCAUCGCUUGGACACUUCUCAGAGAUACCCUCUGUCCCGUCCUCUCAGAAAAACUCCUCAGCCCUGGAAAGCUUCCAUCAGGCGUCUAACCAUUCAGAGUCAGAAGGAAGGACUGCCACCUUUGUGACCAUCUCAGACUUCCUGACAAGGGGAAAAGAGAGGACAUUCAGGUCUCUAACUAGCAUUACUCCUUCCAUGGAAGCCAGAGAAGGAGCUAUUCCAUCUACAGAAAUAUCUACUCCUUCCAGUUUGAUGCAUACUUCAACUUCUGUAUUGGAGACUGAAGGACCAAAUAUCUUCUCUUCUGGAAGAAAUCACACAAAACUGCUGCUAUGGCCACAUUUCUCCAAGACAUCAACUUACCCCUCUCCCUCAACCAAGUCUCCAUCCCCCGAAAUUAGGACAGAAUCAAGGAACUCAAUCGCUUUAAAUCCUUUGGCCAAUCAGACAGACAGGACAAACGCUUCUAUCACAUUCAUCCAAGACGCCUCAAGGACUUCAGCUAAUAGAAGUUGGUUGGUAAAUGGACCAGAAGGCUCAACUAAGUAUUCUGGAAUGGCCGGCUCUUCAGUGUCCACCCAUGCCUCAUCUUCCUUAGGGGAGGCCGGAAGAAAAAGUACAGUGACAAGAAACCCGAAUGAUGCAAAAUCCAUCGAGCCUUCAACAGACGACACAUCUGAACGUCCUUCUUCCAGGACCUCCACUCUGUCUUUACAAAAUGAUUCCCCAACCUUUGAAGGAGACCAUUGGCUGCCUAUUAGCGAUGCUGAUGUUGGGGAUGACAAUUCUAGGACUCAGACUGAGGCUGGGCUCCAUUUAGAGACUUUCACCAGAGAUGGGAAGGACAUGUCCCACUGGUCCAUAGCCAACCAAAGAGCUUUUGUGGAUGUGAAUGAAAACUCCACUUUGUAUCCUGAAAUUGUGAACCCUUUAGUCCUGACCCAGCUCUCCAAGCAGUGGCCAGAAAGUGGCACAGAUCCAGAUGAUACGCAUCUCCUUGAGCCUUCCACAGGAUCUUUGUCAGCAUCUUCCUCAGAGACGCUGGAUUCUUCAUCCCAGAGUCAUCCUUUACACACUGAAGGGAGCCAUGAGCUGGGGAGAAGGUCAGAUUCGGAAGAAAGUACUUCUAGUUUUCUUCAUCCCAGUCCAGACACCUCAGCUACUUCAUCUAGGAAUGGAGAAAGGACGUUGCGAUCUCUUACCAAUAGCAGUCUGCCUUCUGAUGGAGAGGAGCACUCCACGAUGCUUCUCCGUGGCACAGAGGGCACCAUUGCUCACAUGGGAGUCACAGACACCACAAACUCUGUCUCAGCUUCAUCAGACACUUUGCAGACCCAAGAUGCCCCUGGAAGUAACCAUGGACCAAUGGGCAGCGCACAUAUAGGAAAAAGGACACCCAGCUACCAUACAGACAGCACAUACAUUUCAUCAGCCUUCACCAAAGGAAAAGACAGAACAUUAUUGUCUAUUACAAAUAACAGCACAUCUCCAGACACCAUUGAAACCUCAACCACCUACAACAGAACCUCGAGCUCUUCGACUUUGGAACAGUCUUCUUCUUCUUCUUCUUCUUCUUCUUCUUCUUCUUCUUCUGCUCUUCCCAAAGGAAAUAACAUCUCAUCAAGCGAAGGGGAAUUUGUCCUUCCUUCCACUGAACCACUGGUUGUGAGUUCUUCUGAUUUACCAGCAUACACAUCUACAGUCAGUGUUCCCCCAAACACUUUGUUACUUCAAGUCUCCAAAUCUGUGUCCACUGAUGACUCCCCUCCAUCUUCAUCAUUGCCACCUUUGCCAUCCCCCUCAGUGUCACAGCUCAGUCAAUCAUUUUCCUCAACCUCAUGGCCAACACUGCCUUCUUCUCCACUCUUGUUUUCCAUGGCUGAAUCUUCCAAGUCCACGUCUUCCUCACUGCCACCUUUAUCAACCUACUUGGCAGAAUCCACCCCGUCCCCAAUAACAUUCCAACAAUCGUCUUUACCGCACUUGUCUUCUACCUCAGUCCUCCCCAGUGAUGAUCCUGGGGCAAGAGAGUCCUCUGUGACAUCACCUGAUACACUGACAGAUUUAUUCACUACUGUGGUUCACAGUAGCCCAUCAGUAGAUCAGAAGAAUAAGAGUGUCCCCUACCAGGAGAAAACCAGUAUAGGGUCAAAGUUACAACCAAGUCUUCCACCAACAGAAUCAACCAAAGUGCUAAAUAAUUCUACAGCCAAGGUCCCUUUACCUCCAGUCCCAACAGAGUCCUUCAGAGAGCCAACCCUCCUGGCCGCCACCACCAAUUCAGCCCAACCAUCAGCAGUUAUGACAACCACCACUCACACAACUAUUCAGCCUUCAACAAUCUCAACUGAUCUCCCACCUCCAAUAAGUGUUCUUACAACUGUGAAAGCAACAACCAAGAAAACCGUUCUACCCAUUGAACCCAGGACCACGAUGUCUCAGAGAACCACCGAAGGUUCUGCUACCACUGAAGCCAGCAGAGUGGAGACACAGGCCACCACCAUAUCGAUCCCCACCACUGGUAUAUUCACACCUGUGCUAGACCUGAGUUCAAGGGGAGCAAACCAAGAAGAGGACACUCCCACUGCCCAUUUUCCCAUGGUAUCAUCUCUUUCCCCCCAAACUACAAAGACUUCUACUCCUGCACCCUUGACUCUUAAGCCAACCACUGUAGUCCCACUGAGCAGCACGAGACCAAUGAUGACAUCACCUUCAACAACAGUCAAUAGAUGUGCUGCAAACCCUUGUCUUCAUGAUGGGAAGUGCGUUGUGGAUUCCAGUGGCCUUGGAUAUCGGUGUAUCUGCACCCCUUCGUGGAAAGGCGAUGACUGCAGUGUGGAUGUGAACGAAUGUCUGUCAAACCCCUGCCCGCCUCUGGCCAUAUGCAACAACACCCAGGGAUCCUUUGUCUGCAGAUGUCCUGUUGGGCACCAAUUAGAAAAAGGAAUCUGUAACUUGGCUAGAACAUUUGUGACAGAAACUAAGUUAAGAAAAACUUUUGCUAAUGCUACUCUUGAAAAGCAUUCAGAACUGCGUCAAGUUGAAGAUGAGAUCAUCAAAAUGCUAAAUAUAUCUCUUUCAACAUUACCUGGUUACACCAGAUCCACUGUCCAAGCUGUCAGGGAUUCCGGCACUGUGGUCGUCUCGCUGCAAACCACCUUCUCCUUGGCAUCCAACGUGACGGUGUUUGAAUUGGCAGAGAGAGUACAGAAAUACAUUAGCACUUGCACAUCCCCUGUGGAAACCUGCCAAUUCUUGAAGUCUCUGGGAAGGCUCUUCAGAGCUGGUAGUUUAUGUAAAAAGAAAAGUCCGGAAUGUGACAAAGAGACAUCCAUCUGCACCGAUUUGGAAGGUGUUGCUCUGUGUCAGUGCAAGGCUGGUUACUUCCAGUUUAACAAGAUGGAUCAUUCCUGCCGAGCAUGUGAAGAUGGAUACAGACUUGAAAAUGAAACCUGCAUGAGUUGCCCAUUUGGUCUUGGUGGACUCAACUGUGGAAACCCUUAUCAGCUUAUCACUGUGGUGAUUGCAGCCGCUGGAGGUGGGCUCCUUCUCAUCCUAGGAAUUGCACUGAUUGUUACCUGCUGCCGAAAGAAUAAAAAUGACAUAAGCAAACUCAUCUUCAAAAGUGGUGAUUUCCAAAUGUCCCCAUAUGCCGAGUACCCCAAGAAUCCUCGAUCACAGGAAUGGGGCCGAGAGGCCAUUGAAAUGCAUGAAAAUGGAAGUACUAAGAACCUCCUCCAGAUGACCGAUGUCUAUUACUCUCCCACAAAUGUCAGGAACCCAGAACUUGAACGAAAUGGCCUCUACCCUACCUACACUGGCUUGCCAGGAUCUCGGCAUUCUUGUAUCUUUCCUGGACAAUAUAACCCUUCUUUCAUCAGUGAUGAGAGCAGGAGAAGAGACUACUUUUAACACCACAGGACAGUGCGUAGCCACUGUCAUUCUGUGUUAUUUACACAUGAAUUCUAUCUACUCAAGGAAUGGAACCAGGAAGACCCCCGGAACACUUGCUGUUUCACAGACCAUUCAAAGCUGAAGUUUCCAUGGCAGACAAGGGAUGGGACAGAAGAUUUAAAGAUGGCAAAGACUGAAAAGAAUUGCUCAGUUACAGGCUGCUUAUUCUUUACUCUUCAGUGUUCAUAUGUGUUACUGUGAAAUGUGAUAAAUGGUCAGUAAGAACAGA